UUUUCAUUCUUUGAUAUCGCGUCAAGGCAAGAAGCAGAAAAUGUCAGUGCUGCUCUCCGUCAUACACAUUUGUCAGGAAGGCAAUUACUUCCCGAGUAGGUGGAGGAGGCAGAGUAGAAUUUGGAGAUGCUUCGGAAAAAGGCUGGCGUUGUCUUUGAUGCUGGUAAGGAGAUGCCUGGUAAGAAGAGAAAGGUAGAUAUGAGCAUUGUUGGUGAGAACAAGGAGGAGGAGGAGGAGGAGGAGGAGGAGGAGGAGGAGGAGGAGGAGGAGGAGGAGGAGGAGGAG